GUUUCUCAAACCCUACGUGGGACCGUCUUUAUUUGCUGACUCAGCCGGUUCCCGCGCCAUUUAAGAUGAGUUUCGUCGUCUCCCUUCUUUUCUUCAGCCGAUCACUUCGUUGCUUGCUGCUUUGAUUUGAGUCCCAUCUUCUCGCCGGAGAAAAUUCGAGAUCCAGCUCCGACCAUUACGAAUUCCUUCCCGGAGAUGGCUGUAAAGAAGUUUCUACCCCGUUGAUUGCUUCGGAGUCCACCAUCGCUGGAAUCAGGUAAAUCGGUUAGUCUCUUGUUUCCGUUUUUGGGGAGAGCGUCUUCUCAUAUGGGUUCCUUAGGGCAUCGCAUUGUCUUCAUGGUUGGAAGAAUCUUCCGCGAUCGAAUGUAACUCCGAGCUUUCAUGCCUGGGGUUUUUGGGAAGCCGUCGAUUCUGUGCCCUAUUUCUAUUUCUCUGUUUCUGAAUCCCUAAAUUUGCUUUUGUUCCCCUUUAUUGAUACUUUUUUAGUCUGUCAAAAUGAUUGAUUCAUGCUUGAGAUGUUGAGAAAACACUAAAAAACAAGAUUAGGAUCAAUUCUCAUGUUUCCUUUAGUUUUGGGUCAUGUACAAUUGAUUGAAGGUGGGCAUAAUUUCAUUUUCUUAGUAAGCUCUUUAAGUUGUUAUUCUGAACAAAGUAGGUCAGGUUUUGCACUUUUGCUUGUGAGAUGAAGGAGGAGGCAGAAAUGGCAAGUAGCUCAAUGGGAUCCAAGAGAAGCCAUGAUGAUGUAGUGGAAGAAGGCGAGGAGAAAACGAUUGACAGAUUGAGUGAUCUUCCUGACCCCAUUUUGCAUCACAUUCUGUCAUUCCUGAGCACCAAGUGCGUAGUGCGAACCAGCAUUGUGUCGAAGUGGUGGCGAUUCUUGUGGAGAGAUGUUCCUACCCUCAAUUUCAGCAGGUCCCUCUGCAAGAGUGCAGCCUUGGCCGAAUACGUUCGCAAUCUUCUGUCUCUCCGCUCCAACUCCUUAUCUGUCGUCAGCAUCUCCUUCAACUUCGGAAGUUCUAAGGGGAUACGACCGGAUAUGCAUCUGUUUGACAGUGUCAUGAAAUAUGCUGCUGCCUCUCGUGGUAGGAAUGGUCAUGGUGAUCUUAACCAUUUGUCCAUUUCUCAUGCCAACUGCGACCACAGAUUCGGCAUUUUGGCUGCCAGCAGCAUGGCAGCGGCUCAUCAUCUGAAAUCUCUCGAGACCCUCAAGUUGAUUAAAUCCGAACUCGAUGGCAGCGAAUUCGCAGUGGGAUUCAGUUUCCUGACAACCCUUGAGCUGCGUGACUGCUACUGGCUUCACUCUGGCAGGGAGCAACUACCCGUUGAUCCUUUUGCAGGUCUCCCUUGUUUGAACUACCUCAAACUCGUCCACUGCUUCGCCAAAAAUCUCGUAUUCAAGAUAACGGGACCCGAGCUGUUGGACCUCCAAAUCCAGAAAGAGUAUCACAAGUCAGAGAAAACUGAAGUGUUUGCUCCCAAGCUGAAAUCUUUCCGUUAUUCGGGUUUCAUAACCGAGCUGGUCGGGUUGUGUGUUCCUUCUCUGGACUGCGCGGACAUAUGCGUUUGGUGGGAUCCCAUCCAGGUUGAAGAGCUGCAGCUUCGUUAUAAAUAUAUGAAGCUGUUGAGUGAGUUGCAUAAUGCUAAAUCUCUCAGCCUGCGCUUUGCCGACGUAUGCUAUGCUAAAUCUCUCUCUCUCAGCCUGCGCUUUGCCGAUGUAUACGACGAGUUCGGGGUUCAGAAGAGCUGGGAAGAACACGAGUUUCCUCUUACCAGCAUGAAGUCGUUAAUGGAGCACAUAGCAUCUCCGUUCACCCGACUGAUGGCUUUGAGAGUGCAGUACCCUCAAACUCCACCGAAGCCGCCUCGUGAAGUAAUCAACUACUUUUUUGGACGCUCUCCUCGUGCGAAAGGGAAGUCUGUUCAGUUCGAGAAGAGACAACAAAUGAUGAAACAAACAUGGUUCUGUAACGUGUAGUUUGUAGUUAUAGCAGAAAGCAGUUGAUGCGGUAGUAGACAUUGUCGAGUUGCAUGAAGUAGUAAUAAAUCGAUCAAGCCACUAUUUUGUCACAACCAAACAUGGGAUGACUGUUUUCUUCGGUUAGAUUCAUGGUUCUCUUGAUCAUCCCUCUGUUUCUCGUUGCUCUUGGACAACUCUGCUUCUACCAUUUUCGCCUGUUGUUGACGUGAAAGAGCAAUGUUAUAAUAAGUUUCGUCGGUUUGUUGCACUAUUUACUUGGCUAGCUUGGACUCUUGUUGUAUUUCUCUCUUCUCUUCAGACUUCAUAUCCUUGUUUGAGAAGAGAAAGCCAAUGUUGGAUCGGACAUGGUAUUCUGUCUAGUGAAAUGGUGUGGCGAAGUUCAUGCUGCAAUAGGCGUUGUGAAAUUGCUUGUUAGCUGCAAUCAAGCAAGCCACUGGUUUUUCACUGUUUUUGUGAAACCCAAAUAUGAGUUUUUGACUGACAUUUUUUUGUAAAUCCACAAGACAGUUUUUGAUGUCUCCGGUGACUUAACAUCCAAACAUAUGGUAUUUAAAGUUGGCCUAGUAAUAAUGUGGGACGGAAAAUUGAUCCAUCCCCGAACUUUUCGGCCAACAAUCAAUGGACAAAAAAAAAGGUAGUAUAGACAGGAUAAUGACGGUUAGUGGCCAAUAACUUUGGUGAAAUCGGAUUAUGAUGUUUUGUUCUUCUCAUAUAUGGUUCUUGAAUUUACAGGUUCAGUACAUAUUGACCUUUUUUUUUUGGUAGGAGUACAUAUUGACCUUUAAAUUAGACCGUUGAAUUUUAUGUUCGUUUUCUGUCCUAAUUUUGCUUUUUCACUUUCUCAAUGAUGCUAGACAGCUAGAGCUCUUCCAUCCGCAAAACUUCAGAGCUCCACAUUUUCUACUAUUCGUAUGGAAGGACAGACUAUAUAGUAAAGAGAUUGUACAUAAGUUGCAAUGACUCGACUACCUUCAUAAAAAAAAUCUAAUCAUAAUCUCAAAAAAGUUGAGAUGGUCCAUUGAAUCACUAUUGAAAAUGCUUGUUUUGUUUUUGCAAACAAUGAAUUAUAACGGAUCAAAUGACUUCGAGUCACCCAACGUUUAAUCGAAACAUAAGUAACUUUAAAAAAAAUUAAUCAAUUAAUUUCAACAAAUCCUCUAAAAUAGAAUUUCUCUCCUAUCCAUUAUUUUCCAAAUUUCAUAAUUUUAGGAGUAAAACUUUUUCAAACAA